AUGGAGAGUUCUCUUUAUCUAAAUGGUAAACCUCUUGUAGAACCUCCAUUAACAAUAGACCAACUAUUGAAUGAACGUCUCUAAAGAACAGGAUAUAAAAUAGAAGACAUCAAUAAACUUAACGAACGUCCUACAUUAUUAAUUGUAAUUAUAUAACUAAUUCUUAAAGAUCGAAUUAGAUGGAUUAACAUCCGGAUACUUAAAUAAUAAUCAAAUCUUUCAGAUGCUCAAACAAUAAAUAAUGUCUUGGAAUGAAAGAGUGACACUCCAUCGAGCAUAAUAAAUAGAAUUAAAAGACCCUUUUGUGUAUGAUAACCUCUAUAGAUAAUUAAAGAAUUCAUUACUCGAAGUUGUUAGCACUAGAAAUAGGUAAUAGUAACUAGAAUUUUUAAAUAAAGUCUCUAAUUGGUUCUUUCGUUAAUUACCAAAAUCGUAAAAAUAAUAAUUAACAUAAUCUCUCAUAGAAAAGAAAGACUAUGUAAUAUAGAUAUUCAUAAUAUCUAGACGUUAUAAGACAUUCCCAUUUCUUAUAAUGAAAGUAUGUAUGCUUCUGGAAUCGAAGAUUACAAAUCAAAAUAUAGAUCAAUGCAUCCAGAUAUAGAUCCACCUGAAGAUAGAGUGAAAAGUUAUCACAGAAAAAAUUUAUUGUCUGAUACAAGCACAAGACCUGGCACUACUCCAGGUAUAAUGGGCUUUUCUUAACAUACAAGACCUUAAACCUCGUAAACCACUUAUAAAAUGGUUGAUUAAGUUGAUAAAUUAUCAAGACCAAGAACUAAUUAAUAGUAUUCUGUCAUUAAGCAAUAAUCUUCUUGGAUGUAUGAUACAAAUUUACCAGUUUUUGAAACUUUUGAUGAAUAAUAAUAAAGCACUAAAAGAAAAUUCCAAAGGGAGGAAUCUCCUCUCAAAGCAGACAAGCCAACUGAUAGAGAUAAAUUAGAUAAAAUAGAAGGCAUAGAAUAAGAAUAAGAUGAAGAUGAAGAAUAAUCUCCUGAUAAAGUAAAUAGUUCAUAAAAAAAUAUUGAAUCAUAAAAGGAUCUUUCUCCAACAAAAAAAAAGAAGAAGAAAGAAAGAGCAGAUAAAUAUAUUAGUAUUGCACCUGAAAAUAAGACUCAUAAAGCUGAUAAAGAUACUGAAUUAGCUUAUUAGAUUGGAUAAACUCAAAGGCUUGGAGAACUUUAAGGAACAUUUCACAAUUAUGAUCCAACUAAUUUAGAAGAUAAAAUGGCUGCAGCUAGACUUAAUCAAUAUUAUUAAUAAUAAAGAAUAAAAGAAAUUAAAGAAUAAAGAGAAGAUAUUGAAAUGAUUUAAUCUAUGAAAGAUUGGGCAGCUAAUAAAAGUAGAAUUGAUGAAAUAAUACUCCAAUCUGAAAAUGUAUAAAAAUGUAUAAUAAUUAUAGCUAUAAUAUAUGGGAUCUCAGUUCUCGAAAGUUGGUAUCAAAGUUUCUGAUAUCUUUGAAUCUAAAAAGAUGGAUCUUGCUGAAGAAAAAGCUUAUUCAAAUUAUCUUAAUAAAACAUCUUUUGCUAAAGGCAGAAUCGUUUAAAGUGCCAUUCCAAUUACUAAAAUUAUUGAAAAUACAGUUUUACCUACUUAAGUGGAUGAUGAGGCUGAAGAUUUCUAAUAUAAAAAUGCUUAUUUGGAAUAAAGAAUUAAUUCGUAAAGACUUGAAUUCUUGAAAAAAGCAAGAGGGAGCUGGUUGCCUGGGGGUGUAUCAAAUCAUCCUAGAGCUGAAAGCAUUUAAAACAAUCGUACUUUGUCUUCGAGCUGUUUCAGAAGUGCUAGACCUUCGUAAUAAUUUAGUACUGUAUUCAAAAGUCAUAGUAUUAAAUCAGAUAUAGAUAAAUAAGUAUUUCAAAGUAAUAUAAAUUUAGAUUAGUGAAAUUAAUGUAUUGAAAAAUAGAUUAGCUUCAGAAAAGAAGUUUGUUCCUAUCUCAAUCCUAUAAAAAUCAAUUGUUAUACCUUAAGGACAUUUAAAUCCUCAAAAGGUACAGCUUCCAAAACCUGGGAUUUUAUUAGCUAAUAUACCUGAUACAGGUAAGAAAAUAAGAGGCAAAAAAAAGAAAUCUAAGAAAUGA